AUGGCAACGGUGCCAAAUAAUACAUCGACAUCAGCUGAUGACGGUGAAAAAGUCACGAUAACCGAUCUUGAUCAUACACAAAUAAAACAACAACCAUUCAGUCCUCCAUUUAUUCCUCCUCGUCAUCAUAAUGAAUCUUAUAAUGGGGAAGACGACGAAAAACAACGCCAAUCGCCAAACGAUGAACAACCACGUACGACUAAUAAUAAGCGCACUCAUCCUACAACAGUUUCGGUUUCGCCGGAAGAAAAACGUCGUUGUGCCGUAUGUAAUGAUAUUGCAUCCGGCUACCAUUAUGGCGUAUGGUCUUGUGAAGGAUGUAAAGCAUUUUUCAAACGAAGUAUCCAAGGAACAAACGAGUAUAUCUGUCCGGCAACAAAUACAUGUACAAUCGAUAAACAUCGUAGGAAAAGUUGUCAAGCAUGCCGUCUGAGAAGGUGCUAUGAAGUGGGAAUGACAAAAGGAACAACAAGAAGGGAACGAAAGUAUAAACCUAAAGCAGUCUCUGUAUGUAAAAUAACUUCAACUAGUUCGACGUCAAAUAGUACAGCAGCCAGUCAAGAAACCCAGAUAUUACAACCACCUGUUCCAUUGCCACAGCCACCGAAACAGCUUCAAGAACCACGUGUUAACAGUUCAGCCGAAUUUAUUACAAUCUUAUCUCAAGCGUCACGUUUAAAUCUUCCAGCUAAGAUAGAUUUAACAAAACAAUUAGAUGAUAAAUACUUUUUACAAUUGUUAGCAAAAAUUUUCGAUCAAGAAUUGGUUGUUUUAAUCAAUUGGGCAAAGACAGUACCUGGUUAUACUGAGAGUUUAUCACUCGAUCAACAAGUAACAAUAAUUGAACAAUCUUGGCUUGAUACUCUGCUGUUAGGUAUUAUUGAGCGGUCUGUUGAACAUAGUGAUGAUACAUUACAUUUUGCACCUGAUUUUACUAUAUCUCGAGCUCGUGAAUUGAACAGUCCCGUUCUUCAGUGUAUAUGUAGUGAUCUAUUUAAUUUAGUGCAAGCGUUCAAGGAACCUCGGACUACACAUGAAGAAUUUAUUGCGCUCAAAGCAACCACACUAAUUAACUCAGUACCAUCAAGUAUCAGUUCAACAAAACCAUUUCGUACAUUAACAAAUCAAGUAUAUCAGUCUGUUCAAUACGCAUCGGACAGUAAUCCACAUAUAUAUAACGAAAAUUAUAUACGACAUUUUUUUCUUCUUUUACAAUUACCACACAUAAAAAUGCUUAGUACUCGAUUAAUACGUUUAUUUCUUGACAUGCGAAUGUUAAAUAUAUUGCCACAAGCUGAUUUGCUGCUCGAGAUGUUGGAUGCACAAAAAAUGAUUGAUAUUAAUAAUUUAACAUUGAUAAAUAACAAUAGUAGUAGUGACGAAAGACAUAAUAAUCAGCCAACAUUUUCAAAUACAUCGCCUACUCAACUAGAUAAAUUUAAAAUAAAUACGCAAACGUCAUACGCUGAAUCUAUUUCACCAUGUAUGGAACAACAGCAAGACCAGGUUGGUAUUAAAACAGACGAUAUUGACGAUGAAGAAGAUUGUAAUAGAAUACAAAUGAGUCGAUCAUAUAAAUCUUAUAAUGGUGCGUACAGUACAUAUAAUCCAUAUAAUCAAUCAUUAUCUUCAUCAAUGAUGUUAAAUGCCAAUCAAGUCGAUCGUUUUCAUACCAACGCCACUUAUCCUUAUUCAUUAUCUUCAUCGUCGUUAAAUAUUCAAACUCAAGAUUCGUUUCAAUCAGGUGCCUCACCCACUUCAUCAUCACCAAGUCUUCUGACGAUGACUUAUCCUCCACAAUCGCGAUCAACUCCAGCCGUCGUUCUCUCUUCUCCAUCUUCACAUCACUAUUUUGAUCAUAAUACAAAUCAUCUUUCGUCACCACAAGAUGUAAUGUAUGAAACAACGACAAUAGCACAACAGUCAUCUGUACAUUUACAACCAAUACAAAAAUUACCAAAAUCCUACAAACGACAACGUCACGAAGAUAAUAGUGGAUUUUCGUGA